CGUCAUCAGCCACAGUCGACCUGCUCCAGACACACUCUGUGACUGAGGGGGUAGAAAACGAACCGCCUGUGUAUUCUGGAUGUUUCCUCCCCAUAGAGAGAAAGAAGACAUGAAAGGGAUGAAAAAUAGCCCCCAAAAACCCCCCAAACAUCGACCCUUCAAUGGAAUUGACUGCUGUUUUUCUGAAUGGAAGCAGGGAUCUUGGUGACCAUGGCGUCGACCAAUGAGAGCGGAGUGCUGAGCGAUCAGACGGUUCCCGAUGAAGAUGAGCAGAGGAGCGUCCGGGGGGUGCAGUCUCAUUACCUGCGCUCCCCCUCGCCCAGUUUCUCGAUGGCGUCAGAGUCCAGGUUCUCCAUGAUCUCCGGCUCGGAUGCAGCGAGCAUCUUCAUGGAGCCCAUCCACCUGUCCUCUGCCAUCGCUGCCAAACAGAUCAUCAAUGAGGAGCUGCCCCCCCGCAGCGUGAGGGCCGAGUCCAUCCCGGAGUCGAUGCUGGAGUCGGCCGAGCAGCUGAUGGUGGAAGACCUCUACAACCGGGUGAAGGACAUCAUUGACGACCGCAGCCCCUACAACACCCCCUGUGUGCUGGACAUCCAGAGGGCUUUGGUGCAGGACCGCCUGGAGCCCCUUGACAACCCCGUGGACGAGGUGUGGCCCAACAUCUUCAUCGCUGAGAAAUCUGUGGCGGUGAACAAGGCCCGUCUGAAGCGGAUGGGCAUCACGCACAUCCUGAACACGGCGCACGGCACCGGCGUUUACACGGGAGAGACGUUCUACGCCGGCAUGAACAUCCAGUACCUGGGCAUCGAAGUGGACGACUUCCCCGACAUCGACAUCGCCGUGCACUUCAGACCCACUGCUGAGUUCCUGGACGAGGCUCUGCUCACACACAGAGGGAAGGUCCUGGUGGUGUCCAUGAUGGGCGUGAGUCGCUCCGCCGUGCUGGUGGCGUCCUACCUGAUGAUCUUCCAUAACAUGAGCAUCAUGGAAGCCCUGACCUCCAUGAGGAAGAAGCGCGCCAUCAACCCCAACGAGGGCUUCCUGAAGCAGCUGAGGAACCUCAACGAGACCCUGAUGGAGGAGCGCGACGAUGACGACGACACGCUCAGCCAGUGCUCCGUCAUCGAUGCUCGGGCGCGCAACCGCAUCUUCGGCAACGGCGUUGACGACGAGGAUGAGGAUACGGAUAAAGAGGAGGAGCAGAGCAUGAUCGAGGUGAAAGCGCACUCCAUCAUGAUGGAGGAGGAGGAGGACGGAGGAAGCGUGAUGAGCAGCGUCGCGUCCUCCGCGGCUGCAGCGGCGCUCAGGAGCGGCUUGAUUGGAUUGAACAACCAGGGAGCUGGUCAGGUCCAGGAAGAGAUCGUCCUCCCUGAGCAGGAGGGCGGAGAAGACGACGAGGACGGACUCGACAGCAUGAUCCGCGAAUGGCAGCGGAGGAACGAGAAAUACAAGGACGACGACUGGUGGGAGGCGCAACUGAACAGCGACGGCGAAGACGAGGAAUCUCUGGCCGGCGGACGAGUGAGGAAGGAAGGAGCUGACGCCGACGUGGAGAGCGUCACCAGCGAGGACGUUCGAGUUGUGAAGGAGCGGUUGAAGCAACGCGGCAGGCGUCCACCGACCGACGCCAUGUCCACCUCCAGCUGCAGCAGCUACUCCGACCUGUGGAGGAACCGGUUGAGGGAAAUCGAGGAACAGGCCGCUGCACGCUACCGCAAGAAUGAGGACGAGGAAGGCAGCGAGAGCACGGCUAGAGAAAGAGAGAAGAAGAAGGUGGACGAGGAAGUGGAGAGCAUCAUGUCAGACACCAGCUCCAUGUACAACUUCUGCCAGAAGAACAAGGAGAAGAUGACGCCUUUGGAGCGCUGGCGUGUCAAGAGGAUCCAGUUCGGCUGGAACAAGAAAGACCGCGAGGAUGGCGAGAAAAGUUCAGUAGGAGAUGGAGACGGAGGCGAGGGAGAGAACAAGACGCCAGCCUUCCAAGACGUCAACCUGACGGCGUAUCAGUCGUGGAAAAUGAGGCAGCAGAAGCGCCUCGGGGAGGAGAAUACUCACGAGAUCUUGGAGAUGAGCCGCGGCGAGGACUCGGCGACGGUGAAGCGGAGGCAGAGGCGCGAGGAAAUCCUAGAGCGCUCCAAGAAAAAUCUGGAGGAGAGUCAGUCUAUUUGCAGCUGGGAGAACGAGAGCGUGGUCAGCGGCAGCACGAUCCCACUCUCUGCCUUCUGGGCCGGCGCCGGAGUCACCGGCCCACCGAGUGCCGCCAACGAUGACACAAUGUCCAUGCUCAGCGGCAGAUCCUCCGUCAUAUCUUCAGUGUCGCAGCCUCGCAGCGUCAGAUCAGCGCAGGGCGUUCCUCCGAUCCUCCCGGUCCCUACGGUUCAGGGAGCGGGAGGAGAACCCAUGGUUAACCUGGCGAGCAUCCAGAACUGGAUCGCUAAUGUCGUCUCCGAAACCAUCAAGCAGAAGCAGAACGAGAUGAGCCUGGCCCCCCUGUCACGAGCCGGGUCUGAGGUUAGCUAUGGCAGUGCGGCGAGCCUGACGCCAGGGCGGGUCGGUGACGACGAUAAGGCGUCGCUGUUGAGCGGCGCUUCCUAUUCAAGCGCUCUGUCGCAGGGGCGAGGCCAGGCGGCAUCCGUCCUCUCAGGUGGCCGGGCGGCGUCCGUCCUCUCAGGUGGCCGGGCGGCGUCCGUCCUCUCAGGCGGCGGGGUGAGCGGCCUCUCCGGUCUGAACCUCGGCUCCAAGAAGAACAAGAUCACCACCACCAGCGUGCCGCUCUUCAGCCUCUUCCAGGACCAGGUGGACAUGGGAAAACUGAACGCCAUGGACAAGGAGAUGAAAUCCGAGAUGAGGGGCAAGAUGUCCACCUACGAGAAGAAAAAGAUCCUGGAGGACAACAAGCGCAGCACCUUGUAUAAGAAGAAGAAACCAAAGGAGGACGAAGAAGACGAGGAGGAGGCUGAGAGGAAGAAGAAAGAGGAGGAGUUCCUCCAGGAGCCAAAGAAAAAGGAGAGACCUGUGAGGAACUUCGGCCUCUCCGGGUGCUUGAAUCUGAACCCGGCGCUGGAGAGAGAGAAGAACACCAGCAUCGACGACUGGCUGGCAAGCGUCCGGCCUCCUCCUAGGAAAGCGGCGCCCGGAGCAGAAUUCGUUGAGGAUCCCUACGAUGAUCUUGAUGCAUCCGCUUCCGAGUUCGACUUCUCGAGCCGCAGGGCCUCGUAUGCCGUCGAAGAAGAAGAGGAGGAAACCUAUGCCUCCAGAUUCAGAUCACGCUUACAAGAGGAGCCUUCAAGCGACGCCGAUUAUUCCUGUAACGGGUUCGCUCAGUCACACACUCGGCCAGGGAGGACGCACGGCGAGGAGAGCUACCAGGAUACCAACACCAAGAGGAAGUUCGCCCACCAUUCUCGAUACGAAAGCAGCGAGACCGAAGGGAGGAGCAGCAGGAGGGAGGACGCCAGUGGGGAAGAGGACGACGACAUCGCCACCUUCAUCGCCCAAACCAGGCAGAGGGUCAGGGCCCGGGCCGCCGCCGAAUCCGAAGACGACGAGGUGCUGACAGCCUGGCGGGCGCAGCAGGACGCCAAAUCACAAAGCAGGAGUGAGACUUAGGGCUUCAGGAAAAAAGGUGUGACGUAUUCCUACCGGAGACCAGCUGUGAGGUGCAUCGAGAAAAUGGAACUAGUAAAUGUUCAGAUCAGGUGGAAAAUUCACACUUCUUAUAAUUAGUUUUCAUAAAGAUGAAUAUUAGUGUCUGAAUUGUUAUCAUAACUACUUUAUACCAUGAUGAAGGUUUGGUUGCACCACCGUCGAAUGUAAAACUGAUUGUAAAAAUCGUUUAGUAAAUAUUUUCAUGAAAGACGAUGUGACAAAUUAUAGCAAUAAAUAUUCUAAAAAAUUA